AUGAAAAACCAGCUUACCGCUGUCUUGCGCCGUGCCGCAUCCACCUUAACCAAAGAGGCUGGUGACAUCAGCUCCGUGUUUCCUUCGCUGUCUGGCAAGAAGUCUGACCCUCUGCCACCGCGGUUCAGUGCCUUGAAGAAGACGUUGAUCAAGGGCAAUGAAGACGCCAUCACAGCGUCCUGGCAUCGGCUGUCGAAGAGUCUGGCGCGGGAGAUUGCCGAGAUCAGAUCAGAAGGGAGUAAUGUUAUACCAAGCAUCGACUUCCAGGAUGUAGUUGCCGGGACUGUCCCUCAAUCGAAGCUUGACGCGAUCCGGCAUCGAGGCACUGCAGUCAUUCGCAAUGUUCUCCCGCGAGAACAAGCAUUGGAUCUGAAGCGGCAGGCCAGGAAGUAUAUCGAAGCAAAUCGAUCCAAAGUCAGGGCCUUUCCGCCAGAUGACCCUGCCGUGUACGAGUUGUAUUGGACGCCUUCCCAGGUCGAGGCACGCGCUCAUCCAAACAUGCUGAAAGCGCAGGCUUUUCUUGCCUCUUUCUGGCACUCGUCUGACCCGUCAUCAGAGAUUUCUACCACCUACCCUCUGACAUACGCCGACCGUUUUCGCAUCCGGCAACCGGGCGACGCGAAGUUCUCACUCGGUCCACACACUGACGGAGGGAGUCUCGAGCGCUGGGAAGAUCCCGAGUAUGCUCGCGUGUAUCAGGCCAUCCUCAAAGGUCAGUGGGAAGAGUAUGAUCCUUUCGACGCACGCCACCGCAUCGAAGCGAAGAUGGACCUGUAUAAUGGGGCAGGCGCAUGCAGCAUGUUUCGCCUGUUCCAGGGCUGGCUCUCCAUGUCCUCAACAGGACCUGGUGAAGGCACCCUGAAAGUGUGCCCCUUGAUCCGACAGGCGACAUCUUACCUGAUAUUGAGACCCUUUAUCAACCUUCAGACUGGCAAGCUGAAUCUGGAUGCCACAUUCCCAAACUCUGUACCAGCCGCUUGUCAGGAAUAUGACCCGGUGUCUCACCCAGGCCUCGAGCUUGACACCACCAUGGUGAGCAUGCCCAAAGUUGAACCAGGCGAUUAUGUUGCUUGGCACUGUGACAUGAUCCACGCCGUGGACCAGGAGCACCAUGGAACAAGUGACAGCAGCGUCAUGUAUAUUCCUGCAUGUGCAAUAACUAGACCGAACCUGGAGUUCUUAAAGAGACAACGGAUGAGUGCUUUGGCAUACAGCCCCCCACCGGACUUCCCAGGAGCUGGUGGUGACGGCGAGGUUGGCUUUGCUGGGGCUGUGGCCUGGGAUCAGGUCAAUGAUGCAGGCAAACGUGCCAUGGGACUGGGCCAGAAGACGUGGGACUUCAACUCAGGCAUGAGUGAAGGAGAGCGGAAAGCCAUUGAGGCUGGGAACAGGACACUGCUUGGUUGA